AUGACCAGUCACAAUCAGUUGGAGUCUAUCUCGGCCAGGGCUUUCCACGGGUUACUAGAGCUGCGCUCUCUUUACCUAAAUUACUCUAUUUUACCUCUGGCAACGACGCAGCUCUCCAAUGCGCUCAGCACACUAAGUUUGCGCAACCUCCACAGGCUGGAGUUGGCGGGAAACAGCCUGAAGUCCAUACCACUAAUGACAUUAGAUAUCUACAAUCUCCACGCGUUGGUGCUGAUAAAUAACUCAAUAGAGAGCAUGGAGUGGGAAAACGUGACCAAUUUGUACCAGCAAAAGCGCUUACGCGUCUACUUGUCUUUAAACCCGUUUCGGUGCAACUGUGAACUGGAAGCGUUUUACUACUGGUUGAAGAACUCAUCCCAGUGCCCGGAUGCAGGGCGUCUCCUGUGCAGCGAGCCGGAGGCCAAGAGGGGGAUUCCCGUGGAGAGGCUCCGGAGAGAGGACGUGGAUUGUAUGAACGAGAACCUUGAGGCGGUUUCAUACGUGUUCCUCGGUAUAGUGUUGGCUCUGAUUGGGGUGGUGUUUCUCAUGGUGCUGUAUCUCAACCGUGGGGGCAUCAAACGGUGGCUCAACAACAUCCGAGAGGCGUGCCGAGACCAGAUGGAGGUCUACCAUUACCGUUACGAGCAGGACUCAGACCCGAGGCUGGCCAACGUGGCUGUCUGACCCCUCUGAAACGUCCGGCCAGUGCUGUAGAAGCAGAGGACAGGGGAGGCGAGCUGAAAAAGUACUUGAUCUAAAAGACCCUGGCAGUGUCCUGUCACAAUCAAAAUCAAUAAUAAUAAUAAAAAAGUGUAACUUUUCAGCAGCUGGCCAAUGAACUGGGAUAUGCA